UAUUGUUAAUCUUCUUGCAGAGUAUGAAAAUUAUUUUUGUUUCGUCUCUUUUCUUGUCUAUUCAAUAGAUACUAUGUUGAUGAUUUAGUGCCACAAAGACUAUUUGGAUUUCUGUCGAAUAUCGUCUAGGUCCCGAAUAUAAAUAUCCGAUUUGGUACAAUGAUGCAUGUGAUGUGACUCAAUAUAUCACCGAAAAUAAAGAAUCCUUUGGUGUUGAUCGAAUAGCUAAGGUUGGCGUGGCGGGUGAUAGUGCUGGAGCUAUGAUUAGCACAUCUAUUUGUCAGACGGUGAAAGACAUUGAUUUUCAAAUUCUUGUUUAUGGUUGGUAUGAUUUCACUUGUGCAACACCAUCUUUCAAGGAAUUUUCAAAUCAACAAUAUUUUGUCACACCUAUAUUGGUUGAUUGGUGCAUCAAGAAUGCAUUUAACGAUGGAUUUGAUAUAAACGAUCCUCGAAUAUCCGUCAUGCGCAAUACAUCACUCGAAAACUUACCACCAACUUUAUUGAUUGUCGCUGAACUGGAUCCAGUUCGAGAUGAUAGUUAUAGUAUGGAAAUGCUGCUUUAUAUACAAAGAAAAAUGUCCACCUAUACAAAUUGGAUUCAUCUUUUCUUUUUAGCAUAUAAGGAACUUCUUGAUAAAGCUGGUGUAAAGAACAAGCUUGUACUUAUCAAAGGUGUUCUUCAUAGGUUUUUUCCUUUACCCGGUGUCUAUCCAAAAGCAUGUGCACAAGCUAUCGAUGCUAUUCGAGAAUUCAUGGUAUCAAUCUCAUAA